AUGGAUGCCGAUGUCGUUCACAUCGACAUCGAUGAUGACGAUGACGACGAUGCUGGCAUAUUCAGCAUGACCAAUGACUGCCUUAGUGAGGACGAUGACGCCCUCACUGGUGAAGAAAACGCUCUUUCAGCAGUGCACACGAAGCGCACUGCUGUUGACAAGGAUGAACCAGCAGAAGAAUUUCUGCUGACUUGCGAAGCGGUUGUCCGCUUCGUUCAUGACUCUAUUGCAGAUGCACUAGACAGAAAGAAACGAAAAGCAGACAACCAUGGAAGAGCAAAUGUUCUUUCAUUCGAUGAAGAAGACCUAGUUUUACUGUCUACAGUAAACUUACCGAAGCACGCAGUGCCAAACGUGGGCAGCAGUAAAUUAUUGCCCAGGUACAUCGGUCCAUUUCGUGUGUUGCGCCGAAUGGGCAACGCAUACACGAUUGAACUGGCCCGUAAGAUGCGCACGCAUCCUACGUUUUACGUUGGUCUUCUCCGCCCGUACUAUCAGUACGAGCCCGUUUCGAGAUGCGAAGAACACCUCCACGGUCGAGAGCCGAGACCACCCUCGAGUGGUCCCGUUUCAACGAGCCAGUCUGGUUGA